CUCCCUGAAGGGCAUAUGAUGUUGCUUUGUCAUUUAUCGUCUGCAAAGACUAACUGAAGACAGGUCAAACGUCAUCAGAUGUCAGCUGAUAUGAGACUAAACGUGCAUCACAGGCUGCUGAUAGCUGCACUGGUUGUGUUUGCUCAAGAGCUGAGCAGCAGAGGAGGAGCUCAGGCCUGGACGUACAACUACAGCACCAGUCCGAGCCGGAGAUGGCUGGAGGCCCGUCAGUGGUGCCGGGAGCACUUCACCGACAUGGUGGCCAUCCACGACCAGGAGGAGACCGACUUCCUCAACGAGCUGCUGCCGCGCAACUCCAAAUAUUACUGGUUAGGGAUUCGCAAAAUGGCUGGAGUGUGGACCCGGGUAGAAACCAAUGAGAAUGUCCCUGAAGAGGUCCAAAACUGGGCGACAUCGGAGCCGGAUAGUAUCUCAGGUCAGGACUGUGUGGAGAUUUACAUCAAGAGGGAGAAAGAUACAGCCAAGUGGAACAACGAGAAAUGCCAACAAAGGAAGGGAACCAUCUGCUACUCUGCUUCUUGCAGGCAGGAUUCCUGCAGUCCUCAUGGAGACUGUGUGGAGACUGUAGGAAACUACACCUGCAAGUGUCAUCCUGGUUUCUCCGGCCCAAGCUGUGAGGCUAUUGCAUGCAACCAUUUGGCAGAUCCAGCUCACGCCUCUCAACUCUGUUUCCACCCCUUUGGGUCCGAUCGUUUCAACUCUUCCUGCCUUUUCAGCUGUGAACUCGGCUUCCGCUUGGUUGGCGAGUCCCAACUGUUCUGCCAAGCCAGUGGACAUUGGAGCCAACCACUUCCUCUGUGUCAAGUUGAACAGUGUCCAGAUCUCAGCCACACUAAGUUCAGCGGUGGACCAAUGAUCUGCAGACACCCGGUCGGACCUCACAGCUACAACUCCACCUGUGAGUUCAGGUGUUAUGAAGGCUUCGACCUCAUUGGAGAGAACCUGACACGCUGUGAUCACAGCGGCCAAUGGACGGCCAGCGUCCCAGCAUGCACAAUAAAAAAGUGCCCCGCCAUUUUCCCUCCGGUUUCUGGAAACAUGGCGUGUGUGGGCGCCGUGGAGCCUUUUUCCUUCGGCUCUCAGUGUAACUUCACCUGCCAGGAUGGAUUCUACCUGACCGGAGACGACACGCUCGCCUGUCUGGCCUCAGGACGGUGGAGCAAACCCACACCUACAUGCACAGUGGUGCAGUGCAGCAGUAUAAAGGCUCCGCUUCACGCACAUAUGCAAUGCAAAGACCCUGUAAAGGAGCACAGCUAUGGCUCGACGUGCAUCGUACAGUGUGAACACGGAUUUGAUCUGAUUGGUGCAAACAUGACAGAAUGUUCUUCUCACGCCAACUGGAGUCAUGCACUUCCUAACUGCAAGGCUAAGAGAUGCAAUCCCAUUAAAUCUCCUCCUCACGGUUCCCUCUCCUGCUCCGACCCAAACGGUUCCUUCAGUUUUGGUUCUCGAUGUACAGAAAAGUGUGAUGAAGGAUUUCUACUCAAUGGGACGUCCAGCUUUGAGUGCACCUCGCUGGGCGUGUGGAGCGCAGACAUGCCAAGCUGCUUGGCUAAGAGAUGUCCCACACUGAACUCUACUGCUCAUGGCUCCUUAAUUUGCUCUGAUCCUCAUGGAAACUUCAGUUUUGGUUCUCGCUGCAGGUCAGCCUGUGAGGAGGGCUUUAUUUUGGCUGGGACAGCUGAAACUGAGUGCACCUCUUCAGGCACAUGGAGCUCAGACGUCCCGCGCUGCUUGGCUAAGCGUUGCUCUGGACUAAAAUCUCCUCCUCACGGCUCCUUAAUUUGCUCAAAACCUCAUGGAGAGUUCAGUUUUAGAUCUCGGUGCACGACCACCUGUGAGGAAGGAUUUAUUCUAAAUGGGACAGCUGUCACUGAAUGCACCUCUCUGGGCACGUGGAGCACAGAUAUCCCACACUGCUUGGCUAAGAGAUGUCCCACACUAAAAUCUCCUCCUCAUGGCUCCUCAAUUUGCUCGAAACCUCAUGGAGAGUUCAGUUUUGGUUCUCGGUGCACGACCACCUGCAAGGAAGGUUUUCUUUUAACUGGGACAGCUGACACUGAAUGCACCUCUGCAGGCAAAUGGAAUGAAGAUAUCCCGCAAUGCACAGCUAAGAGAUGUCCCACACUUAAAUCUCCUCCUCAUGGCUCCUUAAUUUGCUCUAAACCUCACGGAGAGUUCAGUUUUGGAUCUCAGUGCACAACUACAUGUGAAGAAGGCUUCGUUUUAAACGGGACAGCUGACACUGAAUGCACCUCUGCAGGCACAUGGAGCACAGACAUCCCACACUGCUGGGCUCUUCAGUGCCCCCUACUGGCUGAAACAUCGCAGCAUGGGACGAUGAACUGCAGUCACCCAAACUCUCCUUUCAGUUAUGGCUCAACCUGUGACUUUGCAUGCAGUGAAGGUUUCUGGUUGAGAGGAACACCGACGAUGACGUGCAACACCUCCGGCCUCUGGAGCCAGAAUCCACCCACCUGUCAGCCUGUACAGUGUGAAACCAUCAGCGCUUUGCCUUCAUCCCUGUCUAUGAACUGCUCCCAUCCUCUGGGGGAUUUCAGCUUUGGCUCUCAGUGUGUUUUCACCUGUGAUGAGGGAUUUUCAAUGAACGGAACGUCAAUGCUGGUUUGCUCCUCGACUGGAUUUUGGAGCAAUAGUCCGCCCAGCUGCACAGGUAUGUCCUUGGGGACGGCCAUGCUGAUGUAUACUGGAGUUGGUGCAUCCUCUGCUGUUCUGGUCCUGAUCCUGAUUGGACUGGUUUUGUUGGUCAUGUGGCAAUUUAGGAAAAGAGGGCCUCCAAUCAUGGCUGAGGAUCAAGCAUGGGAAGAAACAGAAAACCCAGCAUUUGAGUUUUAAUUACGUUAUUUUGUCUUUUCUGAGAUCUGAUUUUGCUUAAUGCUACCUACUAUUAAUUACAUGAGACAAUCGGUAGUCACUUAAAACUAGAAGGCUCUUGAGGAACUCUGGGAAUUUUCAAGGAACUUUUAGUUAGUUUUCUGUAGACGCAAAAAAAAAAAAAAUACCUGAGUGGCAGCUGUGAGGUAAAAGUACUUUACUGGUGAAAGGUCAGAGAAUACCAAGAUUGCUUCAAGUUGACAGGAAAGACACAGUAAAUACAUUUCUUUAUAGCAGACGUGUGCCAACAAUGACAACUGUGGCUAUAGUGGACACAGGCCCAUCGUAAUUGGAGAGUAUAAGACUGGAAAAGCGUUGCCUGGUCUUGAAACUGACCUAACUGACCCUUUAUACCUUUGUUCACACUUUGUCUUAUUCAUUGUAUUUUGAAAACCUAUUUGGCAUUAAAUCAUGGUGUUCUUUUGAACAAUUGAGGAGAUAUUAUUGCACAUUUUAGGGAUUUAAAAAAAAAUGUAUGUCACAUUUGACUUUCUUCUGACAGAAAUAUGCACAAAUGACUCCCUGUUUGCCUAUUGCAGGAACAUCUAAAUAUUAUCUGCUGUUUUGGGGGGUUAAAAAAUAUUCUCAGAUUAUAACGAAGCGUUCAAAGUGGAACCCUAAAUGACACAAAAGAGUUUCUCAAGGCUCUUCUACUUCUAAGAGUGUAUUCAUUGUAUAAUAGUUGUUCCAAAAUGCUCAUUUCCAUUUUUACUCAAUCCUUAGUAUUUAUAUGACUUGUGUGCAGCUUUUGCUUCAUGUCCUGCUUGUAUACUGCUUAACUGACAAUAAACUAUAAACAAUU